UGGACAGGGCUGCCCUCGGCCUGAGGGAGAAGAUGUUAUCGUCCACAGUUUCUUGCGUCCUGGGUCAGUUCAGGAAGGAAAUUGUGCAAACAGCUAUGCAGGCAAGCUAAAUGUCAGGGCAAAGCUUCAGCCUGCAAGCUCCAGGGACAAAGUGGGGCCAGGAGAGAACUGUGAUAGCCUUCUGCCCUGCUUCUUCUUCCCAAGAGCAGAAGACUGGAUCUUGACUUGGGGAUAAGGGAAGCUAUGGACAUAGAUUUCAUAUACCUGCUUUGCCUGGGGCUGUGCCUGUGUUAUGGAGAUGAGGACGAGAACGAGGAACUUCCCAGGCCUUCCAUCAGUGCCUGGCCCAGCUCUGUGGUCAAGUGCAGGAGUAACGUCACUCUCCGAUGCGGGACUCAUUUCCAGAAUGUUACAGUCACUCUGGGGAGGUUGCACAACUCUCAGUACCAGCAACAGAAGAAGUCACCGGGAAAGGAAGCUGAGUUCCACCUCACUAACCUGCAGCCUGAAGACGCCGGGGGCUAUUUCUGUACUUACAGAACAGCAGCCUCCCACACGUGGUCAGGACAGAGUCAGCACUUACAGUUGGUGGUCACAGAUGGACUGGGAGGAGGUGGAUGCCCCAGACCAUCAGACAGCAAACUCAUCUUCCUGACCACCUUCAGCUGCCUCUGCAUCUCUCUUCUCUUUGUCUGCAUCUUCUUUAUCUACAGAUGCACUCAGCAAGGUUCAUCACAUGAAGAGCCCCCCAAGAGGCAGGAGAAGGAGGAAGAGGAGGAGGAGGACGGAGAGGAGGAGGAGGAGAAAGAAGUUAUAGUGACACUGAAUGAUCACACGUGUAAGCACGAACAUGAAACCAGCUGUGGUGAGUGACAUCUGGAAUCCAACACUCAGGCUGAAGCAGAAGACUGAAUUUGAAUUUGAGGUCAACCUGAACUGCAUAAAGAGAGCAUAUCCAACACACACACACACACACACACCACAAACACACACACACACAGAUAUACACAGAGACACAGACACAUAGACAGAGUCACGGGUAUACACACACAGAAACAUACACCUACACAGAGAAACAGAGACACACAUACAUAAUAUACAUAGAUACAUACAUACCGAGAUACAAGCUGACAUAUAGAGACACAGAUACAUACACAGACAUAUACAGAAACACACACAUACACUUACACAUAAUUGAUAUACGCACACAGAGACGCAUACACAGAGACACUGAUACACACACACACACAGAGAGAAAGAGAGAGAGACAUAGAGAUGCUGAUACACCCAGACAGACACAUAGAGACACAUGUACAUACACACAAUCUUUGCUCCCAAAGUUCUGUCGCUCUCGGGUUUGCAAGGCAUUGUUUGAAUAUAGGAAGGCAUGAAAGUGUGAACAUUUGGAUCAUCUAUAUAAAUAUCCUUAGCUCAUGAUCAGAUUUGGGAUAAUUUUCUCUUUGUAUGAUUUUUGGUGUUUGGGUUUUUUUUUUUUUUAUCUUUGUUGCCUUUUCCUUUCUUGAGAUAGGGUGUCACUAUGUAGCCCCAGCUGGCCUGGAGUUGAUCGAGUAGACUAGGCUGGCCUUGAACUCUCAGAGAUCUACCUGCCAACUACUAUGAUUUUUUUAAAAAGGCAUGUACUAUUUUGCUUGACCCUAUUUUAAUUCUUUAAUUUCAAAAUAAUUCAAUCAUAAUGAAAAAGUAAAUAAUAAAAAUUGAAAUACAUAGCCUGACAUUGUCUAAACAGUGAUAUUUUGCUUCCUCCUCUUCCUCUUCCUCCUCUUCCUCCUCCUCCUCCUUCUUUCCUCCUUCUUCUUCCCCUUCUCUUCCUCCUUCUUCUACUCUUUUUAGUUUUAAAAUUUUUUCUUUUUUUGCAGUAUUGAGAUUUGAACUCAGGGCUUCACAUGUUAGGCAAGCACUCUCCCACUGAAAUAUAUCCCCCCUCCACAUCUACCCUUAAUUUAUUUUCCUUCUCCUCACUCUCCCAGGCACCCAUAGGCAAACACUGUGUAAGGCAGUCUAUACCUCUCCCAUAUUUGUUUGUUUUCUUUUUCUGUUUGAGACAGAGUCUCAAGCAGCCCAGGCUACUCUAAAACCAGCCUGAAGAUAGCCUUGAACUUCUGAUCUUCCUGCCUCCGUCUCCCAAGUGCUAGUACUAUAGGCCUGGCUUCAUUCCUGUGUAUUUUUCCAUACUUUUAUUAAGUAGGCAUAAUUUUAUUAAAUAGUCAAUGUAUGGUAAUAUUUAUGCUAUUAAAUACAUGCAUAAAUACAUACAAAGUCACUUUUUUUAACCUUUGCAGUAUUUGGUACAUUCGAAACUUUAAGGCGCUUUUAAAUUUAUUAUUAUUACUCUUAUUUCAUGUGUGUGAGUGGGUACAUACCUGUGGAGGUCAGAGGAUAACUUGUAGAAGUUGGUGCUCUCUCCUUCCACCGUGUGGGUUCCAAGGAUCAAAACUUAGUAAUCAGGCUUGUCUGCAAGCACUUUUAUCCACUGAGCCAUUUCCUGGCUCCAUCUGAAAUGAUUUUGCUGUUGUUGUUUUCAAGAUAAAGUUUGCUCUGUGUAAGUCUGACUAUUGUAGAAUUCUCUCUGUAAACCAGGCUGCCUUCAAACUCAGAGAUCCCCCUGCCUCUACCUCCCGAGUGCUGGGAUUAAAGUGGUAGCCACCAGGUCAGCCUUGGUAUUGCUUUAAUCUAAGCUGUAGAUUCGAGUUUGGGUCUGAGUAGGAGUUCUGAUGUUUCUAUAUGUUAACUUAUAUUUUAGGUGUACCCUCCUUGACAAUUAGCUUAGUUUAGCCUUUUGGAUAGAAGUGACAAAAGGAAACAUCAAAGUAAAAAACCUUGAAGGAAGGAAGGAAGGAAAAAAGGAAGGAAGGUAGGUUAUGUAAGCAAACUGAAGUAAAAACUGAGCUGUAGAAACAUCCUCAGAUGCCUACAUCCACAUAAUGAAAACCAUUUCAGCUUCCCUUCCUUUGCCUCUCAUCUCCAUUUCUAUUUUUGUGUUAUUAUUAUUCAGACCAGCUGUUCCUGUGAGUCUAUGACUGAUAAUGACAAUUCCAGGCUUACAGACUCACAGACUUUUAGCCAAGGAGAAAGGGGAGGGGUUGGGGGAUCUUAUUUCCUGGAUCUGUUAGGGGAAAAAAAAUUAUUGACUCCCUUCAGAAGAGGCUAGAAAACUAACUCAUUGAAGUGUUGAAUAUGGGAGUUUAAAAAAAAAUCAAACAUUGAGAUUCAGCUGGUAGAGUGCUUGCCUAGCAUACCCAAGCCUUGGAUUCCAUCUCCAAUACCACAUACACUGAAUGUGGUUGUGCAAAGCUGUCAUCUCAGCACUCAGGACAUGGGGAAAGGGGGAUCCGCAAGUUCAGGGUCAUCUCUGGUUUCUUACUGAGUUCCAAGCCAACAUGGGGCACAUGGCAUUGCACUGCAAAAGGAGAGAGGCUGGAGAUGUAGCUCUGCAGUUAAGAGUGCAGAGAACUUGGACUCCCAGCACUUACAUUGGUAGGGUCCGGUUCCAGGUGCUAGGAUGCCCUCUUCCGGUCUCUUUGGACAACUUAACUGAUGGGCACACACAAACACACCUGCAUACACAGAACAAUACUUUUUAAAUAAAGCAUAAAACCAAUCAUUUAUUGCCUGCUUUAUUUUUUAGCUUAUAACCAGUGCUAAACAAUAGUUAUAAGAAAAACUGUUAUCUGAUUACAUUACAUUAAUGAAUUCUUAAGAACAUAGUCCACGGGCUGGAGAGAUGGCUCAGUGGUUAAGAGCCCCCGACUGCUCUUCCAGAGGUCAUGAGUUCAAUUCCCAGCAACCACAUGGUGGCUCACAACCAUCUGUAAAGAGAUCCGAUGCCCUCUUCUGGUGUGUCUGAAGACAGCUACAGUGUACUUACAUAUAAUAAAUAAAUAAAUCUUUAAAAAAAAAUUAAAAAAAAAAUUUUAAAGAACAUAGUCCAAAUCCUACCUCUGACUAGAGCAAGCCCACAUCAUCAAGAAUAAUAACAGAUGCCCUGUUUCAGUGUCUACCUUUCCGAAACAUCAACGUGGGAUUUGAGGCUUGGGAAGAUCCAGAGGAAAAGUGGAAGGAAUAUGAGGUAGUCAUCAUUCUCACUUUCACAGUGAUGAAUGAAAGACCCAAAAGUUUUCAUAAUCAAAAAUAUUUCUAUGUCCACAGGGCAGUGGUGGCACACUCCUUUAAUCCCAACACUCUGGAGGCAGAGGCAGGCAGAUCUCUGAGUUCAAGGCAGCUUGGUCUACAGAGUGAGUUCCAGAACAGCCAAGGCUACACAGAGAAACCCUGUCUUCAAAAAAAAAAAUUAUCUUUCCAAAAUCAUGAAGACUCUGAUCUAAAUCCCAGCUUUGUGAAGUCCUAGAGCCUUAGAAGACAGACGUUUUUCUGAAAAGGAGCAAGCAAGAGUAAUUUCAGCUUUGUGGCUAUAAUAUUUCAGCAUCCAUAACGGAUAUAAAAACAAGCACGGGUGACUAUAUUCAAAUAAAGCUUUAUAUACCAAAAGGAGUAGAGAGCCAUAGUUUGCCAGCUCUCAUUCUAGGCAAAUGCACUGUGUGAGUCUGAAAGGAUUACCAGAAUUAGAGAGACAGAAUGAUGUGUCCUAGGAUAUCAAGAAA